AUGAUUAUUAAAGAUUUUGUUGUGGAUAAAGAUACUGAUAUUCUUGCUUUGACGGAAACUUGGCUCCCUCCAAGUGGGAACGAUUUAAUUAUUGGGGAUCUAUGCCCAACAGGUUAUAGUUUUCUGCAUACACCGAGACAUGGAUCAAUCGGUGGGGGCGUUGGUCUCUUAUUCAAGGAAAGUCUUAAUAUUAAGCGUAAUGUACAGGAGGUAUUUAGGUCAUUUGAAUACCUUGACAGUUCUUUUUUGAACUUUCUACAUAUUAGAAUUAUUGUUGUAUAUCGGCCGCCUCCUUCAUCGGCUAACUCACUGACAUCUACUCUAUUCUUUGAAGAGUUCUCAUCCUUUUUGGAAGGAAUUAUUGUAUCACCCGGGCAACUCUUGAUUGCUGGAGAUUUCAAUUUUCAUCUGGACAAUCCUAAUGACCCUCUUACCAAACGGUUCGUGGAUCUUCUCGCUUCCUUUGAUUUGAAGCAGUACAUUUCUGGAUCAACACAUGCAAGUGGUCACACACUGGAUUUAAUUAUAACGCGAUCUGAAGAAAACAUUGUUAACCAUUACAACAUCCUCGAUCCUCUGAUUUCUGAUCAUUCAGUUGUGCAUUUACAACUAUUGAUUAGGAAACCGAAGUUUGUGAAGAAACAUUUGCUUCUUCGUAAUUUGCGGGCGGUUAAUAUUCAUAAAUUCAAAACGGAUGUACUAAAUUAUUUUCUUCUUAAGAAUUUUACGACUAUGGAUUUGGUAUCAUUGGUGAAUGAGUAUGAUUGUCUUCAUACUAUCUUAGAUAACCAUGCACCAAUUAAAUCCCGGGAAAUUACAUUGCGCCCUAAGGCACCCUGGUAUACUAACGAAAUCAAUGAUAAGAAACGAAUUCGGAGACAACUUGAGAGAAAAUGGCAUAAAACAAGGACGAAUGCUGAUUGGAAUCGCUAUAAACAACAAUGUUAUGCUGUAAAUAAACUUAUCGACUCCUCAAAAUCGGCUUACUAUACCGACUUAAUUAAUAAUGGAUCAUCUGAUCAAAAAACCCUUUUCAAGACUGUAAGCAAUUUGCUGCAUACAAAUACGAUUAUUCGCUAUCCAUCUUCUGCUGACCCAAUGUCACUUGCCAACUCAUUUAGUGAUUUCUUCACUCAGAAAAUUGUUAAAAUACGAGGUGAUAUCGAAGAUGAACUCUUGAGUAAAAACAUAGAAAAUCCUAUACCUGAUGCUGAUUCAUGUCCUUAUGAAUUUCACACCUUCAGGGAGGUUGGAAAAGACGAAGUGCUCCAUUUAAUCCAACGUAUCGCAACUAAAUCCUGUUCUCUGGAUCCACUCCCGGUGGUCAUGCUAAAUCACUGUUUUAAUGACAUCUUACCCGUUGUAGCUAGAAUAAUCAACCUCUCCUUGGAAAGUGGUACAAUGCCUGACUCUUUGAAGAUUGCUGUUGUUCAACCGUUAUUAAAAAAGUACAAUCUUUCCUAUGAAGAAUUCUGCAGUUUUCGUCCAAUAUCAAAUCUGAAAUUUGUCUCGAAAUCUAUUGAGAAAGCAGUUGCUGUUCAAUUAACUGAUUAUCUUACUGAAAAUCAUCUACAUGAGAAAUUCCAGUCUGCUUAUAAACCUUGUCAUAGUACUGAAACAGCGCUAUUGAGGGUUCAAAAUGAUAUCCUUCAAGCUCUAGAUAACGGUGAUUCUGUUAUUCUUGUCCUACUAGAUCUGUCGGCGGCUUUUGACACCGUGGAUCAUUUAAUGUUAUUAACAAGACUAUCGAAACGCUUUGGCAUAAGGGGUCGUGUGUUGGAUUGGCUUACCUCAUACCUUACAUCCAGGAAACUGUUUAUUUGUGUUGAGGGAACUGAUUCGUUAUUGAGUGAUCUUGAUUGUGGUGUACCUCAGGAAUCUGUGUUGGGUCCUCUGUUGUAUUCACUCUAUACUGCCCCUCUCGCGGAUGUGGCUAGGCGCCACAAUCUGCGCUUUCACUUUUUUUCUGAUGAUGGGCAACUUUACAUUGCAUUCAAAACGAAUGAUCGUGAUGAUUUAAUAUCAUCUAAGAUCCGUAUGGAGGAAUGUAUACUUGAAUUGGGAAACUGGUUGAUGUUGAAUAAAUUGAAACUAAAUAGUGGCAAAACGGAGCUUAUAUUAGUCCAUUCACGCUAUCAUCUGAUGCCUCCCUUAAAUUAUAUCAUGGUGGGAAAGGAAAAAAUUGUGCCAACUGUUUCAGCAAGAAAUCUGGGGGUGAUUUUUGAUGAGUGGAUCAGAUUGGGCGAACAUAUUAAUGUUAUCUGCAAGUCAGCUUACUACCAUAUUAGGAAUAUUUCAAGAAUUAAGAAGUAUCUACCUCGAAAUUGCUUAGAAAUAAUUAUUCAUGCAUUUAUAACUUCAAGAUUGGAUUAUUGUAACUCCCUGUUGUAUGGUGUACCCAAAUAUUUGCUUCAGAAGCUUCAGAGAGUCCAAAAUACUGCAGCUCGUUUAUUAACUGAUACUAAGAAAUCGGCGCAUAUCACCCCAGUUCUUAUUGAAUUGCAUUGGUUACCUGUCCAAUACCGUAUUCAAUUCAAGAUUAUACUUCUUGUCUACAAAGCUGUUAAUGAUCUUGCUCCAUCGUAUCUGAAGGAACUUAUGCUGUGUCGUACUUCGCAGCGUACUCUUCGAUCAAAUGGAAAUGAAUUGCUCCAGAUUCCUUAUUCUAGACUAAAGACAUACGGAGACAGAUCGUUCUGUGUUGCUGGACCAAGAUUGUGGAAUGAUUUACCUGUUCAUCUUCGGAUGUAUGAAUCAUUAACCAUUUUUAAGAAGUUUCUUAAAACAUAUCUUUUUAACUUGUUUUUAAAUAGUGUAUGAUGUAUUCUAUAGUUUUAACAUUCUUAACACUAGUUUCAAGAUUGGAUUUUGUAUUACUGUAAAGCGCCCAGAACAGUCUUGGUUUGUGCGCUAUAUAAAUGUUUAUUAUUAUUAUUAUUAUUAUUAUUCACUUUGUAAAGGACGGCAAGUUAUUCCAAAUGUGGACAAUUCUAUAAGAAAAUUAGCUUUGUCCUAGUUGUCUUGGUCUUACACAAUGGAGUAUGUAAUUUUUCGAAAUUCCUUGUUUUUCAGUCACUUGCUACCCCUAGUACUAAAUUUGCGGCUUAGAUAUUCUGGGACCAUACCCAUAAUACAUUUAAAAGCCAGUGCAGCGUCUCUAAAAUACUAAUAAGUUUUGAUCGGUGUCCACUUCAAGCUCUUUAAAGCUGGCUUUAUAUGAUCAUAUUUUCCAGCAUUCGUGACAACACAUGCAGGCGGCCAAAGUGUUUGACCAAACGUAAGAACAAUAAUAUAAUUUACUAGAUACCAGCGAGUUAAUCAUCAUUAGUAUUUUUGCACAAGUGAACAUAACAAAUUCUACAAGUCGAUUGGUCAAAUUCGACGUAUUAAGCUGUUAUAUUCACCUACAGGUGAAUAUAACAAAACCGAAAUUUGCAAAAUGGUGGCUAGCCGUUUUGUGGAAGUUUCUGAUAAAGAAAUAAGCGAAAUUAAAAUAAAUCCAGUCCCAAAAGCACAAAAGCAACAAUUAUUCGCCUCUUGCAGGCUCGGUGAUUGUCGGGGAAUAUUCACCCCGACUUCGUCUCGGUGAAUAUUUCCCCGCCCGAUAAUCACCUCGUCUUCGCGAAUAAUUGUAAAUUAUUAGUCUAAAAACAUGCUGUUUUUAACAAAGUCACUCCGAGGUCCUUCACAGACUGUACUGGUACUAAAAUUCUCCCAAUAGUGAGAGGUGAAAUUCCGGCAACUUCUUUGCCCUCUGUCUGCUACCUUAGACAGUCAAUUUAGUUUUACUUGGGUUCAACAACAAAAAAAUGUCAAAAUACCAGUUGCAAUUACCAAGAAUAUCUUGGUUCAUGGCGUUAUUCAUGGCAGAGACCGCGUUAGGUGGUUGCAUAGUACUGCAUUUGGCAGGUUGUUGCAUAUGACAUUGAUAUUUACACAAUUGCACUUUGAGUUAUUGUGCCUUAGUCACAUGACCAGUAUUUUUUGCUUGUUGCGGCAUUGUAUUCUUAUAGUCACGCGACAUCAUAAAUUAUUUUAAAAGGUUAACAAAACAAAUAUUGUACUCGUCCUUUACGGCACAAUCUACUUACGGCACAAUCUACUUGUUAAAAUAUCUACUACACAAAUGAAUGGAUGCUGAAAAAGCAUUCAAACUCAUUCGGUGAUGGCUCCAUCCCCCUUUUCAAUGUUGUUUCACACUUCCGUUAUUUUACAGUAAUUUAUUCCACUUGAUCAGGAUUACUUGUGAUAAAGCCAACAUUGUAAAAGGAGGAGGGGGAAUUUUUGUCACAUUUUAACAAAAGUGUCCCAAAAUUUUCUGCAAAGAUUCUAGCAGUUUUGUGCGAAGAAUUAGGGGUCGAACUCAGCGCCAAAACAAAAAAUUCUGAAAAACGCCAAGAAACCUUCGUACGGUUCUGGUAAGUUUGUAAUUUAUGCAUAAUUGUUUGAUCCGCAAACUUUUCGGUCAAAACUAUUUAGCUGUAAAAAGUACAAAAAGGUAAAAAAAUAGAAUAGUUUCUGUUACUCAUUUUUCCACAUGCAGAAAUACGCAACGUUCAGUAACCAUGAACACCAUCGGGAUGCCCCCGUGAAGAGGACAUGUCCUAGGCAUGAUGAAAAGUAACAAAAUCCUUGCUACGCUAUUUUCACUUCCCUUGCCAAUGUCUUUCGCAGUUCCACGUUGUGUAUGCGAAUUAAAGGUAAAGAAUUACCUCGGAUUUAGCCAAUGCAAAGCCUCAAAAGAACUGGGUUUCUCAAAGCCUGAAUUGUGAAUCGUUGCACUCCUUUGGCGAAUAAUAUUGAGUCAAGAUUGUGCAUAUUUUUUUGUCUUUACAGGAAAUUUAAUAAAAUCCAGUUUGGCAUGGCAGCUGCUCCAGAGCAAGCAGAAAUACCAAACGACGGUUUGAAUGUUGAGCUGUGUGGGCAGAAUGGAUUGAUAUUAAGAUUCAACUGCACUGGACGUGUGGUAGCCAUAGCAGGCGGCGUAGCUGUAGGCUUCGCACUGGGCGUUCUUUGCGGCAAUGAAAGAGGCAGAAAUAUGGUUUUUGGCGUGUGUAGAACUGUCUUUGGUUGGUACAUUCAAUUUAGGCAGGGAUCCCUAGUUGUUGAUGUUGCUUGUUUCACAGUCACGCGGGUGAAGGAAUUACUAGAUAGUUACAAAUGUGGAAAUCUUAAAAGAAGAUUCUUGGAAGAGCUACGAAAUAUUGGCGGAGAGGUAGAAGAUUUAAAAAUAAAAUUUGAAGUUAAGGACACUUUGGAAAUAAACAGAGAUCGCAAGCAGAGGUACUGUACAGUAUGUUUCAUGCUAUGUUAAAGUUUUGUAAAUAGUUAAUAGCGAUACAUCGAAGUGGGGGUAAGGAUAUUCACCCAGACGCCAUAUCCUUGCACCGACAGUGACGUGAAUAAUUGUUUUGCAUAGACUUCAAAUGAAACAAAAAUAACAAACUUUUUUCAAUUGCCGCUUCUAUGGCAACAAUGAAGUUUUAAGAUGGCGGAUAUUUUGGCUUUAAUCCAAAAACGACAUCGCGGUGACCACUGAAUUUUAUUUCACGAAAUGAUUUCCCUUAGUGUACUCAAUUAUUUUGACAAUUUAAACAAAAAAUUAAGUAAAAAAUAUUUUGAAUAUUCACAUUUACGUAAAUUGGAAAUGUUUGGGUCAACCGAUAUUUUUUAUGAUUGUCAAAUUGAGCAUACUAAAAGAAAUCAUGCAUUUUUAUUGGGGGUUAUUGAUUUCGUCUAGAGUUGAAUUAUUUUAAAGCCAAAAUAUCCGUCAUAUUGAGACGUCAUUGUUGUCAUUUUUAGUAGAAAAUUAUCAAAACAUAUCUAUUUUGCAAUGGCGGUGUAGAACAUAUUUACACAUAUCACAACAUAUUUGUUAACAAACAUCUAUUGUGAAUAAAAUAAAUCUAAAUUCAAUGUAGUCAUUUAAAUAAACCUGACAAACACAAACCAUGCCGCGCAAAGGUAUAAUUACUUCAAUCAAUGGUAAAAUUCGUAUAUAUAGAGAAUAAUACAUGGGUGCGCGGAAAUUCCAGAUUUAUUUCGAGUGUUGAACAUGUGCCAAGCACCCAUGUAUUUUUCUACUUAUUAUAUAAAGGACAGUCUUUAAAAAGCGAUAAUUUUUACAGAAAAGCGAUUAUCAUGAAGAAUCUCACAUGUGAGAUUAUCACUUUUAUCAGUGCUCGAAAUCUCUAUAAAGCACUAUAAUUUUAACUUUAUAUAAUAAAAUGUAAUAAACCACAAUAGUAAACCAUACAAAAACAAACACUUAGGCCUAAAUUUAUCUCAGCAUCCGUUCUGUGCCGGUUUUCCUCGGCGAUCAUAUAAUAUUACAAACUGAUAACAUGACUUGUCGGGAAAUACGGAUCGAAAUGGUGAAUUUUCCAUUUUUAAAAACUGUAUCGUGCCACCUUAAUUUAAACAGCACAACAAAUAUGCAAAGCAAUAACGGAAUCAGCAAACCAUUUUUGUCAGUCCUGCAUCGGUACCCUAUGCACAUUCCAUCUCCUUUAUAUGACAUGUAGUUGUACUCAAUUUUCAAUAUGGUGGUUGCAGGGUCCAAAUUGUUUUGUUUUAGGAUCAGUAUGGAGAAUAGAGAUGAACCAACAACGGGCAUGUCUGAAUUCGAGGUAAUUCUUUAAAAGUAGAACUUGGUUAUGCAUGCCAGGGGAAGGAAAGCACUAGAUCAAGUCGUGUUCGCAGACGUUUGCCCAUAAGUAAAACUGAAGGUGCCCACCCGUUGUAGAAUGUGGUGCAUUACGAUACACUAGUAAGCUCUUAGCAAUAACCACGUUCACAUCCUGUUUAGUAAUUCGAGCUUGCUCAAUCGCCUAUUUCCAAAUUUGAACAACUCGUUCAGCUUGACCGUUCGUUGAAGGUUUGUAGGCUGCAGAAGUUCGAUGCAUAAUUCCGUUGUUACGGCAGAACUGUUGAAACUCGCCAGCAAUCAAUUGCGGUCCGUUAUCGGAAACUAAUAUUUCCGGAAGACCAUGGCGGCUAAAGAUAUCUCGCAGUGCAUUUAUAGUAGGCAUAGCUAAAUAAUAACAUUUAGUAAUAACAUUUAAUAUCCAUCUUUGGUUAGAAAAGUACAAUGGAUUUACAAGAAGUGCUAAGGUUAAAAUUGAUAAGAAGAAAUUUUACUAUUAUUUACAUCAAUGUUGCUAAAAAUGUUUAUACUAGUUAUAUAUUCUAUAAAAUUAAUUUAGGACUGUUUUAAAAGGGAUAUAGCUCUAGGUAUAAAGGAUUGCCGGUGUCUUUUAGUAUACGAUACAAUAUAUGGUAGAUUAUUUGUUGUUCUUAGAUCGUGUUCAUGGAUAAAAGGUUGGGGGAUAAGUUUAUUACAUGGGUUGGUCGGAUCACUUAGAAUUCUUUGGUAUUCCUUAACAGUUAGGUGUGCCCUUCUUUGUUCUAGCGUUUCAAAGUUGCACCGAGAUGUGCCGAGGAUUUUGAUGCAUCUGUUUUGAAUGCUCUCUAUUUCAUCAAUGAGAUAUUGUGGUAAACCACCCCAUAUCGGAGCUGCAUAUUCUAAAACAGGUCUAAUAUUGGAUUCAUAACAUGUAAUACCGACCUCAGGAGGAAGAUUCGCUCUACGGCAUUCUCUCAGACUAAACAUUCGUUUAUUUGCUUUCCUUACAAUGUUCUUAACAUGACAGUUCCAUUUCAAAUUGUUUUGAUGCCAGACAUCCAACAGUUUAUGAGAAUUUACUCUUUCCACUGCCUCGUUUCCAGUGACCAAUGGUUCUGGUGCCGGUAUUGCUGUGUUAAAACAUAUCCACAUAUCUUUUGUUUUCUUCGAAUUUAUCGUCAUUUUGUUCCUAUUAGACCAUUCUUGCACUGCUUCAAGGGCCUCCUGCAUAUGGCUGGAUGAACCUUGUGACACCACUUCGUCCUGUGUACAAUCAUCCGCUUAUUUGCAUAUAUUUAUGGAUAAUCCAUCUGGGAUUGAGUUCUCAAUAUCGUUAAUGUGAAUAUUAAAAAGAGCUGGGGACAUCACAGAACUUUGUGUGACUCCUGCAGGACAAGGUUUGACCGAUGAUAGGGUUCCUGCUAGUUUGAUCUGUUGUUUUCUAUCUUCCAGAAAACUACGUGUCCAUAGCCAAAAGGCUUUGGUUACAUUCAUUUCUGCGAGCUUACGAAGUAGAAUUCCGUGGUCAACAAGGUCAAACGCUUUGCGAAAAUCUAUGAAUAGUGCAUGAACUCCAUUUUUGGCGCUAUGCGUAUUGUCAGUCGCAUUAAACCAGUUCUGCGAGAUGUUGGUGAGUGCGGACACGGUGAUCGUUUGCUUGUAAAGGCAUGCAGCUGAUUAUCAUUUAUACGUGAACUGGGAAGGUUCAGUUUGAGCUGCAGCUUUUCCAGCACUUUAGCCAUUUGGGGAAGGAUGGAUAUCUGGCGAAAGUCAUUCUCGAUAUCUCUUGGUGGAUUGACCUUCGGAACUGGGAUAACUAAGGCAUGUUUAUACGCAGUUGGAUAUUCACAUUCUUUUAUACUGGCGCAAAUAAUGUCAUGAACGAUGGGCGCUAGUUCUUCACAGUAUCGUUUAAGCACCCAUGCGGGAAUCCCAUCGGACCCGGUGGCUUUUUUAGAGUUUAGUCUUAACCUGUCCAAUUGAGGGAGUAGGAGGAUUUUCUUGCCUCAGUGAUGACGCCACGUCUUCAAGACUAGGGAUUAUGGUUUCAGGAAGUUUAGACCAUGGUUUAGUAAAUAUAUUCUGCAGUAUUUCCACUGUAUCGGGAGUGCCGUCUGAGAUUAAGUUGUUGUUUAGAUUGUCACCUUCAAAGCCAGCUAACUGGGAUAUCGUUCUAUGCCACUUUGCUGCAUCGUGUUUGCGUUUGCUUUUAACCUUAGAUGAAUAAAAUUCUGCUUUAGCUUUCUUGAUAAGUGUAAUGAUCUUAUCAGCCAAUUGUUUAUAUUUGGUCAUUUUUCCAUUAGUAUAGGCUUUUUGCCUCGAGCGCUUUAAUCUCUUUUUUGAUAUAAGCCGUCAUCCAUGGCUUGUCAGACGCAUGG